GUGAGAUUUGUUACCCCAACAGGCUGAUGUACAUCUCCCACCACUGUUGAAUCACUGGCCGUUAUGCAGACGAACGUCCGCUAUGCCUGUACAACGAUCUGCCCCAGGGCCAGGGCGUAAAGUCAUAAGACAGGCUUGCGAUGGAUGCAGAAUCCGGAAGAUCAAGUGUUCCGAAUUUCCACCCUGCGGCGGCUGUGCAGCUGCUGGGAUACAAUGCACGUUCAAGAAAGUCCCAAACACAAGGGGGCCUCGAAACCUUCGCCCGAAAACGGUUCGGCAGAUCACUCAGGGCCAGAGGCAGGGCACAGAGGAGGAUGGAGACCGCCCCGCGGAUUGUGGCUCUUCCCCUGAUGUAGUUAGCACGCCAUUGUCCCAAGUUACGGGUGACACUAUCCCCCAAGACUCAGCGAGAACCUCGAUUGCUUCCCUCGUACUACGGCUAUGUAUAUUCCGCCUCCGACUAUACCCUGUUUGGCCCAUUGUGUCUGUAGAGGAUGUUACCGCCGAUUUACAGAAGGACGACGGAGAUACAUUGGUGUAUGCGUUAGCUAAUGCUGUGGGAGCAGCUACCAUGGCCCAACUUAAACUCGACUCUUUUGCAGAUACAGCGUCUGCCAGCUGGAUGGAAGCCGAGUGCCACCGUGCUAGAAGCGUUGACGGCAAAGGGCGGCAUGCAAGUCUCGACACGCUUAGCAUCGCUUUCUUUCUUCAUGUCUACCACGAAAAUCUCGAACCUGGUGGUGUUUCGUCUCUGUCAUAUCUCCGUGAGGCCAUUACAUUAGCUCAAAUCAUGGGGCUUCACCGCGAGUCAACCUAUAUCGGACUUUCAUCUUCCCAACAGGAGUCAAGAAGAAGGAUUCUUUGGUUGCUAUUUGUCACGGAACGCGGGGUUGCAAUGCUUCACAAUCUUCCAGCCGUACUGAGAUGCAACACACACUUUCCAUCUACCGGUGGUGGCGAGGACAAUCACGUAUUACCAGCAUUCCGAAAGCUUGUCAACUUAUUCUGGAUCUUUGAUCAAUCCGGCGCGUUUGAUAUUCUCCAGAACAUUGAUGAUGUCGAUAUAGCGGAUGCCGGAGGGACAGUUGCAACAAAUCAAAAUCAAAGUUCUCUUGAUGUGUUGCAGCAACGACUUCAGGAUGUGCCCAUUGACUGGGAAGCGAGCAACGAUGUUCAACGAGCCGAUAUCUGUGUCACUCGUCAAUGGAUGCGAGCAGUCUUGUGGAGAAUAUCCCUUCUCCGCAACUCCGGUUCUGACCACGCCACGUCUCUGUCACACCCAAUUCAAAUAGCGCAGGAGUUCCUAACAGUUAUCUCGAAACUGCCAACUGCUGCGAUUGAAUCUCAUGGGCCAAGUAUCGAAUUCAAAAUAUUCGAAAUAGCGAGUGCAGUGACCGAUGCACUUAAUGUCAGUUUUCGGAGUUGGACAUUCCCGGAAAAUGCACGAGAGGUCCUAAAUCAACUUCAUCGGAUUCUUAUGUCCUGUCGUGGUGGCAACGAAACAUUGUCAAUAAUGCUUUGCAUGAAAAUUGCGGAGGUCCAGAAUGGAGAGCCUUUGUUACUGGAACCAAGCUCACGGAUCAGGGAAUCGUGUGAAAGUGAUCAGCUCGGUACUCCCACUGGCUUCAGCUCUGAAGAUGGCAGUGACCGUGGCCUAGUUCCCACGGCCCCUUCACAUCUAACAAUCUGCUCUCAGCAAAAUGGCGAUCACGGCCGCGCAUCAACGGGAGCCCACGCUGAAGACCCUGGCCUGGAGUUUGAACAGACCGAACAGCAGAUACUCUUAGCAGGCCAAGACCCAUCGUGGUUCACCAUCAUUGACCCAGACCUUACAAGAACAUUUGCAAACUCAUGGGGUUUGUAUGAGCAACUACAAAGUUGCGAUGGCUCGUUCAACGGCUUCGAGUCAUUUAACACCUUGGGCCCUUUUCUGCCAAACACUGAAACCUCGCAGAUCCCUCGAGGUGGUGGAUUCUCUACCGUCGCACCCCCAAGUCAAUUUUCUCCCGGUAGCCCCCUUCACUGUUUUCUCUAAUACGGGAGGCAUUAUUCAAGCCGGUUUUUGUAACAUAACGUCUCUUAAUUGCGGCGUGAGGUCGGGUUACCGUCUUAUUUACUGGUUGGGUCUGAACUUCGGCGGCAUCACUUUUGAAGCUGAAAGGGAAACUACUAUGUAGCAGUUUCAUCAGCCUGAAUAUUAAGAACUCUUAGAAUAUUAUCUCGGGGCACUUU